GGGGAAUAAUAGUACUUGGACACUGAGGGCAAUCCAAGCAACAGAUCAAAUAUAAUUUUAGAAAGCACAGAAUAUACAAAAAAUCUAGUGAACACCUUUUGAAAAUAAGAAAUGAAAAAGUAUGAAAAGUGAGAUGAAGAAAUAAAUUGAGAGAAAUACAUGAAUAAUUUAAAAGGAAAAAAAAACUGAGGCUCCAGCAGCAAUGACUCGAUGACCAAAUCCGGAAGACGUUAAAGAAUCCCCCGCCAAAGAUGUACGCCAAAGCACGAGGGUUGACUGCCGGAAGGGCGCCAGGGGAAGAUGGCAGGCGUUCCUUAAGAGAAGGAGGAGGCGACUUCCACGCUCUGAAAUACAGGAUAACGAACGCCCUACAUAGAGUUAAGACUGCAGGAUGGGGCGUGUGGGUCGUGGCGCUCCUGCUGUACGCGUCCCUGGCGCUCCUCCUUCAACCUGACGUCGAGGAACUGUUCGAGGAGGAGUCGCUGGACCUUCGCGAGUGGGUCGUUGAGGACACACAGUUUAUCAUCAAUCAGCUGGGCUUGGAGGAUCGUCUGCACGUUGAAUGGAUCCACAAGACGAGCGACACAAGAACGUCUGAUAUUGCAACGGCUUAUUUCUCGCAACUCACCUUGGCGCAGAUCGACCAGCUGUUCGAGAAGUACCGCCUGGAUUUCGAACUCUUCGGAUACGACUAUGAAGCCUACCGACAGAUGGUCCUGGAGGAGUGACGGAGGCCAACGUUGCUUUCA